AUGGACGUUAACGGGAACCUCAACGCCCAGGCGCGCUAUGUCCUCGACCAAGUGUCGGCGUUGGAGGGCAUUAUCAGCCGAAGCAUCUCCAAGAGCUGGGAGCAGGAAUACAGGUGCAAGGACCUAGCCGACGAGAUCAGCAGGCUCAAGCGGCAGCUACGGGACAGCGUGCCCCUCGGCAGCCGUGACGGCUCUUCAGAGGCACCUGUGACCGCGCUCGAGGCAUCUCUAGGCGAAAGAAUUAUCUACUUGGAAACGCGACUCGCGCGCGUGGUGGAGAGACUCGGCGACGAGAUAUCGCGGAACUGGGAGCUGGAGUACCGAUGCAAGGACCUCAACGAGAACGUCUUGCGGCUGAAGACAGAGCUGCGGGACUGUGUUCGCCAGAGUGACGUGGCGAGCCCCCGGUUGAACCCGCGGGCGGCGCUAGAAAGGAGCCUAGAAGACAGGAUCAUGUUGGAGGGCGGAGUUGGGCAGACGAGGGCCCGAUCGAAAUCAAUGUGA